AUACAGUUGCCUGUCGUUUUCCGACGUUUGGAGUUUUAUUCCAGAAAAAGAUUUUGUCACAAACUAUUUCCUUUAUUUUCCGAGCAGAGCGAAGUUCCCAAUAACUUGCAUCACAGUAAGAGGUCGGACCGCAGUGCAGGUCGAUCCUUUCAGAUAACCUGAUUUUGACAUGUCGAUGGCUCUCUUUGUUGCGAAAUAAUGGAGCAGUAUCGGACGCGGUUUGAUAAGAUGACAGAUGAGAGGAUUUCACGGUGCAUGUGCUGUUUGUUUUGGUGCACUAUUUGAAUUGUUGAAUCAGGAAUAAAUUGUAACGAAAAGAAGGGGGCGGUCAGCAAACGUAUCCGAUAACGUGUGUUAUUGAUGUAUUUGAAAUGAAUACAUUACUAUGUACGCGCUUCAACGAAACAGGUGGUGAUGCUGAACAGUUCAUCUGAAGGAACCAGCCAAAAUGGAUAUGUGAAAAAAUCACCAUUUGCAUUUAUUUCAAAUUUAUUUAAAAGAAAGAAAAAUCGUGGUUCAAGAAAUGAUGUGAAGUUCAAGGACUGUGCUUUCGGGGCAAUGGAAGGUGGAUCAGGAUGUCCAUCAACUUCCCCAAAGUACAAAAAUACUAACUAUGUACCAAGAGUACCAUCAACCCUCUCUGUAAAUGCUGUGGAUGUCAUGGUACAAACAACAUGCUGCCCCUCUUCACCAACUGUUUCCACAAUCACUCUUACCCCUGGUCGUACAAGGGAUAUAGACCAAGACAUGGCUGCCCUCAGGCUCUCGCGACAAGAUAAUCCUUUCUUGCAGGUACUUGCCAGCAGAGAAAGUUUGGUGGAUAGUGUAGAAGAAUCAGAAUCUGAUGAUGCUAACUUAAUGUCACAGGAGUUUCCAGCAGACUUGGAUGUAGAUCCUCUAACAUUGCCAGAAAUUCAUGAACACAUGAUACGUAGCCCUCCACCAGUGUCCUGGCCAAAGUCACCUAAUUUUAAAGUCUUUCGCUUCCCCUUGCAGUCAAGUGAUGAUGAAUCUAGUCAGGACAGUUUAACACACAAUGGGAAGAAAACUCCAUUGAAAUUGAUCUCACCUCGUCAUUCAAGGGGGCAUUCAAGUGAUUGCCUCAAAGAAUUGUCUGCAGAAGCACUAAGUUCCUGUCAAGUUCCGACUCCAACUAAGUUGGGAUCUUCACCUCAUCAACACCGUUCCUCCAGUGAAACACGUGAACGUAGCCCAAAACCUUUCCUGUUGCUCAAUCCUGAAGUGCGUCGGUUGAGUACAAGAAGCUCUGAUGACAACGUUCAACUAGUUUCAAAGAAUGACGAGUAUGAAAGACGCUCUGAUAUGGACAUAACCCCUAAUUUACCGCUCCUAUUAGCAAAGCGAUCAUCAUAAUGUUACAAGAGCAUCAUAUGUUCAUCAAUUAGAAUAGUUUCAAUACCCACUAGUCAUUAAUCGAAUAAUCGAAGCCCAUUCUCUGAUACAUUGAUUUGCAUUGACAUUUUGUUAAUGUUUUCUGUAAUUGAUGUACGUAUUUUAUAUUGUACCUGUGAGUAAUUAUUCACCAAAAUGUGACCAUUUACUAUGAACAGUUGUGUUAUCUUACCUUAGGAUCUUGUUGCAUAAGUGUGCUCCCUCUUUUUUUUUAAAAAAAAUAUGUAAUUACUAUAUAGGUAGUUUCUUUAUCAUUGUUAGUGAUCUCAAUAUUUAUAAAAGAUAGUGAACGUAAUACCAAUGAAUGAGCAUUUGAACGAUGUGCUCCACUGUGUUGGAUUCUAGUCAUAUAUUACAUGACUGUAUGUUUCCUAAAACCAAAACUAUAUUCACAGUCAUAUUUGAACCACCCUCAAAAUUUACAUAAUUAUUUCAUGAUCUGGGGAAUGGGGGUGGUGGGAAGAAUUAAGAUACUGUAUAUUUAUACUUAAUACAGUUUUAAGGACAGUUUGUAUUGAAGUAUUGGUUAAUUUCUUUUUUAAGACAGUUGUUAGUUGUAUCAUUUAGUUAGAACCACUAUAUUUUUUUUGGAAUGUGGAAUAAUGUUGGAUUACCUUUCCUGUUCAAGGUGUGUUACAGUUGUCCUUUGCAUAUACUUUAGCAAAGACAGUUUCAUUUGUCCUUAUUUUUGCAAUAUCACACACA